CAAUAAUGUAGGAACGUUAUACCGCGAGCAGUGUGUUUUGGCCGGCUCAUUUUUAGGUGAACACGCUGUUAUAAAUGCUCUGCGCCGGAAGCGUAACGUCCUCUUCUAGCGAUCCAACAUGGCGGACCACAGUGAGAAGAAGGAGAACCCCAUGAGGGAGCUGCGUAUUCGCAAACUGUGCCUGAACAUCUGUGUUGGUGAGAGUGGUGACAGACUGACCCGUGCUGCCAAGGUGCUGGAGCAGCUCACAGGCCAAACUCCUGUCUUCUCUAAAGCCCGCUACACUGUGAGAUCCUUUGGUAUCCGCAGAAAUGAAAAGAUUGCUGUCCAUUGCACUGUUCGUGGUGCCAAGGCUGAGGAGAUCCUGGAGAAGGGGUUAAAGGUGCGUGAGUAUGAAUUAAGGAAGAACAACUUCUCAGACAGUGGAAACUUCGGCUUUGGCAUUCAGGAGCACAUCGAUCUGGGCAUCAAGUAUGAUCCUAGCAUUGGUAUUUAUGGCUUGGACUUCUACGUGGUUCUGGGCAGACCCGGCUUCAGCAUUGCCGACAAGAAAAGGAAAAGGGGACGCAUUGGCUUCAGGCACCGCAUCCGCAAGGAGGAAGCCAUGCGUUGGUUCCAGCAAAAGUAUGAUGGUGUUAUCCUUCCUGGCAAGUAGAGGAUUACCACUUUGUUUAUAACAAAUAAAUAAAAGAAAAAGCCCAA